AUGACUGAUGGUUACACAUGUGCUGCAAAUAUAGUAUUGGGGGCUCAUAGACAAGUGACAGCAUCAGUUGUGUCCAUGUGCAUCAAAUACAAGUACAAUUCAUUUCGGACAAGGUACACUCCACAUGAUAUAUGCAAUGACAUGUUACACAAUUAUGGGGUCUCAUUAAAUUAUGUAAAGGCUUGGAGAUCCCGAGAAAGAACAUUGAAAAUACUUAGAGGUGAUCCAACGGAUUCAUUCAUGAAGAUACCAAGCUUUUUUUAUAUGUUAGAUCAAAUCAAUCCCGGUACGGUAACAGGAUUGGAACUUGACAGCCACAAUAGAUUCAAAUACUGCUUCAUGGCAAUAGGUACAUCAAUUAGAGGAUGGCAACAUUGUAGACCUGUGAUGGUAGUUGAUGCAGCGUAUUUGAAUGGACAUCAUGGCGGUACACUGUUCACGACAUGUACGCAGGAUGCGAAUAAUAGCAUAUUCAUUCUUGCAUUUGGGAUUGGGGACAAUGAGAACGACAGAUCCUGGACAUGGUUCUUCGAACAAUUGAAGAGUGCAUAUAGAAAUAGGAAAGGUUUGUGUUUUGUAUCAGAUCGCCACAAUAGUAUCAAGAAUGUAAUAGAAAAGGUGUAUCCAGGGAUAUAUCAUGGGAUUUGCUCAUACCAUCUACUACAGAACCUAAAGUCAUAUUUUGGCAAGUCGGAUCACAAUAUAACACAGGCAUUCAACUCGGACGUUCGUGCAUACACCCUAGCAAAAUUUGAAUAUAACAUGCGGCAGCUUGAUUCAAUUAAUCCAAAGAUUACAGCCUAUCUAGCCAAAGUGAACCCCGAGAAAUGGUCAAGAUUUCACAUGCCAGCUAACCGGUAUUCUAUAAUGACUUUGAAUAUAGUAGAAUCUGUGAAUACAGUGACAAAAGUAGCGAAGAACUUCCCUGUUGUGGCUCUAUUGGAUUCUUUGAGACAGACUAUACAAUCUUGGUUCUGUAAACAUAGGGACUCCGCGUCCGAUACUUUCACAAAGCUGUCAGGGAAUAACGAGAAAAUUUUAAGGGAUAUGAGUUAUGAUUUGAGAAACUUCACGGUGUCUCUUACAAAUCAAACCAUUUUUUCCAUUCAUGGUGAUUGUUCGUCAUUUAUUGUUGAUAUGGAACAACGUAUGUGCACAUGCAGGACAUUUCAAGUGGAUCAAUUAUCCUGCCCGCACGCCUUGGCCGUUAUUGCAAUGAUGAAGAUGGAUGCAUAUGAUUAUUGUUCAUACUUCUACACGAGGGAUGCAUACCUCAAUGCUUAUAAACACACAGUGUUUCCAAUUGGAAACAUCAAUGAGUGGACAGUACUGGAUGAAGUUGUAAACAUAGUUGUGCUGCCACCAAACCAGGAAAGAAGUACAGGAUGGCCAUCCGAAAAGAGGAAGAGAUCAUCUUGUGAAGGGAAAAGCAUAUUCAAGUGUGGACGUUGUGGUAAAAAUGGUGACAAUCGCAGAACAUGCACUAGUUUGGUUCCAUUAUGUCAAAGUUAG